UCCUGGGAAGAUGCCACCAGUCCUGAUUCUCCUGGCCCUACUUCUGUGUCUCAGAGCUGGAGCAGAGGAGAUCAUUGGGGGCCAUGAGGUCAAGCCCCACUCCCGCCCUUACAUGGCACUUGUGAAUUUUGUGAAAGAUGAUGGAAAUAGACACUACUGCGGAGGCUUCCUGAUUCAAGGCUUCUUUGUGCUGACAGCUGCUCACUGCAGUGGAAGCUCAAUGACAGUCACACUGGGGGCCCACAACAUCAAGGCUAAGGAGGAGAAACAGCGGAUCAUCCCUGUGGCAAAAGCCAUUCCCCAUCCAGACUAUAAUGAUGCUGCCCCCUACAAUGACAUCAUGCUGUUAAAGCUGGAGAGUAAGGCCAAGAGAACUAAAGCUGUGAGGCCCCUCAAGUUGCCCUGGAAGAAUGCUCCGGUGAAGCCAGGGGAUGUGUGCAGUGUGGCUGGCUGGGGUUUUCUGUCACUGUCAACAAUUCAGUGGCCUUUGCUUUGCCUCUUCAUGCCCAUAACCUCUGUCCUACUUCAUUGGUCUUCCUGUUUUUUUACCAGUACCAGGCUGCCUCAUCACUAUGGCUCUGUGGUAUAA